AUGGCUUUCUUUUAUGAUAAAACUCACGGCCAACAUGGAAGACAGACACCACUCACAACAAUGCCCGUGAUAUCAGGAUUUGCAGACCCAACACUCUUGCACAGUGGUGGUGUAGAAGCCACUGACGAAAUCUGCCGGAGAGAACAGCUUCCAAAGCUGUUUCGCCAAUUGACCCAUCAAUCAAUGCGCAGGGGCACACCGUUGAUUGUAUAUGGCCGGCAACGCGUGUCAAAGGAAUAG